UCCGUCUGUUUCCACAACUUCCCCAUGUAACGUGCACAUAUUCUCUCCCUUAUCCGCCCACACGAUUAUUCCUGCCAGUAAAGUCUGCGGUCUCAUCAGCCUGGUUUAGGAAUAACCGCUAAAGCUGCAGCUUUUAUUGGGGGAACCGUUUAGCAAAUAGUUACAAUGCUUCGCCGACCCCAGUGAUAAACUCCCAUGUUUCUAUGUAACGUGACAACCGAGCAGAGUUUGGUCUGAGCUCUAGUCUGUGCCAAAUAGAACUAUGUAGAGUCAGCGCCACCUAGUGACACAUGCGCAUUAAGAAAGGAAAAUAAUCGCUUUUUGCUGUUGAAACUGGUUGUGCGCAGGUUUUGGGCAUUUGCAAAUUCGUACUGAUUUUUCUAAGAUCUAUGGAAUGAUAAACACGGGCAAAGAAUAAACCUUUACAUUGGUUUAAGUAAAGUAUGUUGGUGACUUUUGAAGGUGAUCAUUAUCCAUAUAAUUCCCCCGACCAAAGAUUAUGAUUCUGACGUCACCAAGGGUUUCAAAUGAGCCAAUCGGAGGUCAGCAAUAUUUUAAAGUAGCCAAUAGCACAACCAUGUCUAAACAUGUACAAUUAGAUCUGUUAGAGAGCAAAUAUACACGCCGUAUAUCAUAGUUAUCGUGUUGUCUAUUGUUUCCCUGUCUUUCGCCAUUCAUUAAUGGAAAUCAAAUCGCUUAUUUCCUCAACACGUGAAAUUCACAGUCGAUUGGUGGCUAUAAGAAUUCGCUUAUGAUCGAUAUAGUCCGAGAAUAGAAUCUAGUGAUGAAAUGUAUUGCAACAUAAGCCAGAAAUAAUUCCCAAACCAUUGAUUCCCCAUACCCUAUUUUAAUAAUAAUAAAUCAGGGCAAUGUGUAAAAAUAAUUGGAUGAGAUUCAAUAUUUCAGUUACAUAUUAAAGCUUAAAUAGCAAAUAACACGGAUUUUGCAGACGAUAUUAAAAUGUGGUUUAUUUGCUGAUUGGAGAAAAUGAAUGAAUCGAAGUAAAAGAAACCACUAACCCCGCCUAAUUGUUCAGUUCCCUGUCAGGUCGGCUGUAGUGACAUAUAAGGCGCAGCUGAACAGUCGACUCCACAGUCUGUAUAGAACAGAGAAUUUGCAGCAAUGUCAGGACGCGGCAAAGGAGGAAAAGGUUUGGGCAAAGGCGGCGCCAAGCGGCACAGGAAGGUCCUGCGAGAUAAUAUCCAGGGUAUCACUAAACCCGCCAUCCGCCGCCUGGCCCGGAGAGGGGGAGUCAAGCGCAUCUCAGGCCUCAUAUACGAGGAGACUCGUGGCGUUCUCAAGGUUUUCCUAGAAAACGUCAUCCGGGACGCCGUCACCUACACCGAACACGCCAAGAGGAAGACCGUUACCGCCAUGGAUGUGGUGUACGCUCUCAAGCGCCAGGGCCGCACUCUCUACGGCUUUGGGGGUUGAAUUCUCUACUGCCGCUAAUCUUAUAUCCAAAGGCUCUUUUCAGAGCCACCAA